CUUCAUAAGGAUAAUACUGAUUCCAUUUAAAGUCAUAUUUUCAGUUUUUUGUAUAACAUUGAAAACUUCAAGUAAAAACUUUUAUUGUAUAUAUCCCUUGUAAUAAUGCAUCAAAUUAUCUGGAAUUGGUCUUGAGUUAAAAUUAGAUGUUAUGCCAGGUUUUUGCCACAUACCCCCCCUUUUUUCUUGCAUAUUGUAAUACUUACAUGUGUACUCUUAGCGCCGCUGUCCACCAGCGCGUGCAGUCAGUUGUGCAGUUUUGCGGAGAACCAUCCCCCGCUAUGAUGAUAUCACCGGGAGGAGAACAGACGCUGCUGCGUGUGUUGAAACCGUGGAUUAUUUUUAAACACUGUCUCGCUUCAAUCCGAUAUUAUUUUUCGCUUUUUUAUCAUUCAGUUGGAUUACUGUUGAAUGAGAUCCAGUCGUCGGGAAACAUAUUGGACAUUUUGUUCAGGAUCUAUUCCUCUUUGUGUUGAAUUUUGCGGGGGAAGCGUCGGAUCAGAACAAUGAGACGGCAAGUGCUGUUGUUUUCUGUGCUCCUUUUCUGCGGUUCUGCUUUUAGUCAGGUUACCUACUCGGUGCCUGAGGAAAUGCCGAGCGGCUCUUUAGUUGGCAAUAUUGCUCAGGAUUUGGGUUUGGAUGUAAAACGACUGAAAUCUGGCCGUGCUCGGGUGUACACGGGAGACAGCGCUGAGUACGUCGAGCUCAAUAAAGACCGAGGACUCCUCCUUGUUAAAAACAGGAUGGACAGAGAGGCCAUUUGCAGACAAACGGUGCCCUGCGCUUUACAUUUUCAAAUCAUUCUGGAAAACCCGAUCGAGUUUUACAGUGUUACAGUCAUAAUUACUGACGUGAACGAUAACCCCCCUACCUUUAAAACCGAGGAAGUCAGUUUUAAAAUCAGCGAGUCCGCUGUGAUCGGAGGGAAGUUUAUAUUGGAACGAGCUAUAGAUUUAGAUGUCGGCAAAAAUGGUCUUCAAAAAUACGAGCUUACACCUACUGAUAAUUUUGUCCUAAAAAGGGACAAUCAGGGUGAUCGGACUGAGAAAACGGAAAUGAUUUUACAGAAACCCCUCGACAGAGAGAAGGAACAAGCAAUAUCUUUAGUUUUAACUGCUUUUGAUGGGGGAGAUCCGCAAAUGUCUGGCACGAUGCGGAUUUUAAUAACAGUGCUGGACAGUAAUGACAACGCCCCCGUUUUUACGCAAUCCACGUACACUGCCACCGUUUCUGAAAAUUCACCUAAAGGAACUUUAGUGACCAAAGUCACUGCCUCAGAUGCAGAUGAUGGAACAAAUGGAAGAAUAAAAUAUACAAUAACAAAUAGUUUAGAUGAAGCUCACACCUUUUUUCUGAUAAAUGAAGACAAUGGUGAGAUCAGAUUAUCUGGAAAAAUAGAUUACGAAACAGCACGCAGCUAUCAUGUGAACAUACGUGCCAGUGAUGAUGGCGGACUCACUGAUUCAUGUAAAGUUAUUGUUGAGGUGAUAGAUCUAAACGACAACAGACCUACUAUUGACAUAAUGUCAAAAUCUUCAAUUAUACCUGAACAUUCUAAAGUUAACACAGUUGUAGCAAUGAUGAACGUACAAGAUCCAGAUUCCAAUGAAAAUGGAAAAGUGAAAUGCGCUAUUAGCGACGAAAGCCCUCUGAGAAUAACAUCAACGUCAAAUAAUUUCUAUACUUUAGUGACAGACAGUGAGUUAGAC